CCUUCCCCCCCCGCCUCCUCGGCUCUGACCUUCCUCCUUCCCGCAGCACCGGCGCGGUCCGGAGAGACGCGGUGGCGGCGGUGGCGGCGGCGGCGGCGCAGCUUCCUCUUCCCCCGGGAAGUCGUCCGGGCUUGAGGCCGGCCCCAGACGCCCAGCUCUGCCCCGUGGCGCCGCCGCUGGUGCCGGGCGCUCCUGCCCCCAGCGCAUGAGCAGCCCCGCCUGCUGACCGCCACCGCACACCCACCUGUCCCCCCACCCCCGCGGCUACACCAUGUCUGGCUCCUACGACGAGGCCUCGCUAGCUCCAGAGGAGACCACUGACAGCUUCUGGGAGGUGGGGAACUACAAGCGGACGGUGAAGCGCAUCGAUGACGGCCACCGCCUGUGUAACGACCUGAUGAACUGCGUGCAGGAGCGCGCCAAGAUCGAGAAGGCGUACGCGCAGCAGCUCACCGACUGGGCCAAGCGCUGGCGCCAGCUCAUCGAGAAAGGGCCACAGUAUGGCAGCCUGGAGCGGGCCUGGGGGGCCAUCAUGACGGAGGCGGACAAGGUGAGCGAACUGCACCAGGAAGUGAAGAACAACCUGCUGAACGAGGACCUGGAGAAGGUCAAGAACUGGCAGAAGGAUGCCUAUCACAAGCAGAUCAUGGGCGGCUUCAAGGAGACCAAGGAAGCUGAAGACGGCUUCCGCAAAGCCCAGAAGCCCUGGGCCAAGAAGAUGAAGGAGCUAGAGGCAGCAAAGAAGGCCUACCAUCUGGCCUGCAAGGAGGAGAAGCUGGCCAUGACGCGGGAGAUGAAUAGCAAGACAGAGCAGUCAGUCACGCCCGAGCAGCAGAAGAAGCUGCAGGACAAAGUGGACAAGUGCAAGCAGGAUGUACAGAAGACGCAGGAGAAGUAUGAGAAGGUCCUGGAUGACGUGGGCAAGACCACGCCCCAGUACAUGGAGGGCAUGGAGCAGGUGUUCGAGCAGUGCCAGCAUUUCGAGGAAAAGCGGCUGGUCUUCCUCAAGGAGGUGCUGCUGGACAUCAAACGUCACCUCAACCUGGCCGAGAAUAGCAGCUAUGUCCACGUGUACCGGGAGCUGGAGCAGGCCAUCCGGGGGGCCGACGCCCAGGAUGACCUUAGGUGGUUCCGCAGCACCAGCGGCCCUGGCAUGCCCAUGAACUGGCCCCAGUUUGAGGAGUGGAACCCAGACCUUCCUCACACCGCCGCCAAGAAAGAGAAGCAGCCCAAGAAGACAGAGGGCGUGACGCUGACCAAUGCCACUGGAGUGGUGGAGACCACAUCCCAGGCUGGGGACCGUGGCAGCGUUAGCAGCUACGACAGGGGCCAGCCUUAUGCCACCGAGUGGUCGGACGACGAGAGCGGGAACCCAUUUGGGGGCAAUGAGGCCAACGGGGGCUCCAACCCCUUCGAGGACGACGCCAAGGGAGUGCGUGUGCGGGCACUCUAUGACUACGACGGCCAGGAGCAGGAUGAGCUCAGCUUCAAGGCUGGAGAUGAGCUCACCAAGCUGGGCGAGGAGGAUGAGCAAGGAUGGUGCCGCGGGCGGCUGGACAGUGGGCAGCUGGGCCUCUAUCCCGCCAACUACGUGGAGGCCAUCUAGCUGCCCCGCUCCCCUCCACACCACCCCUCACUCCUCGUCCACUGCCUCCCCUCCCUUCUCUCUCUCGUCCCUCUUCCCUCGCCAUAGAGUUCCAGACAUAUUUUCCGAUCAAGCUUUUAUUUUUUUAAAAGUCAAAACAGAACAAAACAAAAAAUACAGAGACAGAAGCAUUUGCAGGGCCGCCUGGAGGCCAGGGUGGUGGGACUCGGGGUGAUGGCCCCAGGGUAGGUGAGGGUCUUAGUACUUAGCCCAACAGAGACAUUGCAACAUCUGCUCUUCAGAUCCCACCAAAGAGUCUCCUGAGCCCUGAGGGUUGUCUCCCGGACCCUUCUCUACUGCCUCACUCCCCAGAGACUACGCUUUCCACCCCUGCCCCCCCCCCAGGUUGCCAGUGUCUGUCCCCCUCCUCUUCUCUGGGCCUGGUUUUC